GUAGGUUUGUAUAUUUAAGUGUAUUCGAGACACCAAAAUUUUUAAAAGCUUUAAUACAUUAAGUGUUACCGUUUAGAUUCAUAGAUUAGUCAAAAACAGUUUUAAUAUGAAGCCAUUUAUUAGUUAUGCAUUGGUUACAACUUUAGCAGUUGACUUAUUAGCUACCACAGGUGAUAUCACAAUGACAUGGACUUCGCCAAUGUUUUCGAAAUUGUAUUCAAAUGAUUCCAAUGUCAAUCCAUUACCACAACCCAUCACCAAAGAGCAGGAUGCUUUAAUAGCAUCAUUGAUUAAUGUUGGAGCAAUGGUUGGAGGAAUUCCAUUAAGCUACUUAUCUGAAAGUUAUGGAAGAAAAACUGCACUUCUAACUAUUGGUAUUUUUCAUGCCAUAGCUUAUGCAACAAUGGCUUUUGCUCAAUGCGUUGAAUUGUUCUACUUUGGAAGAGUUAUUGGAGGUUUAGCUGUAGGUGCUGGAUAUACUUUACUUCCCCUAUAUAUUGCUGAAGUAGCAGAAGAAAGUAAAAGAGGACCUUAUUCUGUAACUUUGGGGAUAUUUUGGGCCCUAGGAAAUUUUCUGCCUUACCUGAUAGGUCCAUUUCUUUCUGUUCAAAUAUUCAAUCUUGUCAAUCUUUGCGUUGCGCUGCUAUUUUUUAUUACUUUCACUCUGUUGGGAACAGAAACCCCAUUUUAUUUGAUUGGAGUAAAUAAACUGGAUGAUGCACGAGAAGUAUUAAUGUUACUCAGGGGUAAAGACAGCAAGGGGGUAGAGGGUGAAUUACAGCAUAUAAAAUACUCUUUAGAUCAGGAACGGCAGACAGAACCGGAAAGCUUUUGGAAAAUGUUCAUAAAUCCGGGAAUUAAGAAAGCGUUUGUCAUAUCUUUAUCUUUAAUAAUAUUUCAGCAACUGUCUGGUUGGAAUGCGAUCACUUUUUAUCUCCAACCAAUCUUUGAAAUGUCAGGUAGUAACAUACCUUCAGAUCUUAGUUCUCUCAUAGUUGGUGCUUCUAUAUUUUGUUUUAGUUUACCUGCCCCGUAUUUAACUGACAAAUUCGGACGAAAAGUUCUACUUAUCUUUUCUAGUAUAUUUCUUAGUUUAUCACUACUUUUAUUAGCUGUAUUCAUUUUUGUACAGACCAGAACAAAUUUAAACAUCGAGUUUAUGUCUUGGGUGCCAAUUACUAGUUUAACAAUAGCGGUAUUCGCCUUUCAAAAUGGUUUAGCGGUCUUACCAUGGACUAUUUCCUCAGAAGUAUUUCCUAAAAAUGUUAAGAGAUUAUCAUCGACUUCCUCUUCUGCGGCAUGUUGGUUAACCUCCUUUAUAAUGACUCAAUUCUUCAACGAUAUGGUUCGCUUUUUCGGCGUCGAUGGUACUAUGUUUAUGUUCGCAGUAUUCACUUUUGUUUGUGCAGUUUUUACCUUCUUGUACGUCCCAGAGACAAGAGGAAAGACGUUUGCAGAAAUUCAGAAAAUACUGCAAAGAUAAACGAAUACAACAACGAUUACACUGCUAAAGAACUAAAUUUUUAUGGGUAAUAAACAAACUGUAAAACAUAAAAGAUAUGGAUAUCUACAGGAUAUGGAUAUGGAUAUGGAUUUGCAAACGAUAAUGACACCACAAAAUGGAGUAUGCACAUACUCGUAAAUAGCGCUAUAUUCUUUUUGCUUUUAUUUCUUAGAUUACACUUUUAUAUUAUGGCGGAUUCACAACUGAAUGUUUCACAACAUUCCACGCGUUGGCUAACUAUGCAGCUAAAGAGAGGGAAUGCCGGUGUGAAGAAAUAUAUUGUAAGUCAGCUGAUCCCGGUCUGAAGACGAUUCAACUCUGAGAAGAACUCUUUAGGUUUUCUUACUUGAUUUAGUCUGUAGUUUGUUGUUAAUAAACCAUUAAAGUAGUUUAAAAUA